UACCCGUCCACCAUCUUUGUUUUGAAAUGGAUGUCUGAAAGCAGGAAGUGCUUGAAAGAAAAGUGAAAAGCGUCCGUUGUUGUGCUGGAAAAUGCUAUGGCGUCCCUUCAAAGAUAUGGAUUUGGUCUCAUAGUAUUUAUAUUGUCUUGGAUCAAUUCGGAGAGUUUAGUUGAACCUAUUGUGGGUCCAGUCUUUGUGAAUACGCCUUAUGGUGAGAUCGAAGGAGUCAGCUAUAGAUCCCAGUAUGAAGCACUUCCUCAAAGACUCAUCAAUGUGUUUCGAGGUGUACCCUAUGCAAAGACCUUGAAACAGUUUGGGGAGGAAUGGAAGGAGAAAUACCGUUUUCAUAACGUGGACGAAGAACCGUCAUGGUAUGGCACAUACGAUGCCACCCGCCACAAGCCAGCGUGCCCGCAGAUGCCGUGGCUGGUCAAGGAGACUGUCUGGGGCUUCAAUGACAUAGCGGAAGAUUGUCUCUACCUGGAUAUUUACUCACCAAAUAAUACAAAUGAGAGUCCGACAAACAGCCCGUUGUUGUACCCUGUCCUGGUGUUUUUCCCCGGCGGUGGGUUCAUCAUGGGCGCGUCCAAGCAGUGGCCGGGCGUCUUCCUGUCUCAGAGGAACAUCGUGGUGGUCGUGGUCAACUACAGGCUCAACGCACUGGGUUUCUUCAGUACUGGUGACCGCUACUCUCCCGGGAACUAUGGCUUGUUUGACCAGCGCCGUGCACUGCAGUUUGUCAAGCGUGCCAUUCAGAGUUUCCGUGGCAACCCCAAGAAGAUCACUAUCAUGGGUCACAGCUCAGGGGCAGCCAGCGUGGGCAUUCACCUCUUGUCUCCGCGCAGUGUCGGACUGUUCCACCAGGCCAUUAUGCUGAGCGGCUCGGAGCUGAGCGAGUGGGCAGUGCUGUCUCGCGAGGACUCACAAGAAUACGCCCGACGUCUGUGUCGCGAGGUGGGGUGUCCGACCGGGGACUCUCAGCAGAUGAUUGACUGUCUGAGGUACUCCCGCAGCUUUGAGCAGAUCGUCAAUGCCUCGGCCAUGGUGCCUAUGAGGCCUGGCAAGAUCGGUAACCCGUGGGCCCCAGUGGUGGACGGUGACAUCGUCGGAGUGGCCAACGCCUUCCUGCCCGACCCCCCGCAUGAUCUGAGACGCCAGGCUAGGCAGAUGAGAGUGCCUUUGUUGGCCGGGAUGGUGCAGGACGAGGGCGCCUACUUCAUUCCCAAUCUUCCCAACCUGAUUGACGGAAUUGACAAGCCGCAGUUCCAAAGCAUCCUGAACGAGUUCAUCCGUUACCGCGAUGUUGCUGACCAGAACUCAGUCUUUGACGCCAUGGAGUUCCAGUACACUCACUGGCCCCAGCCCACCAACAAGAGCUGCGUCAGGAAGAAGCUCAUUGAAAUGAUGACAGACUACAUGUUUGGGGCGGCCAUUACUGAGUCUCUCCGCUGGCACGUGCAGUUUUCCCGCGUCUACUUCUACGUGUUUCAGUACAGCUCCUGGAGGAACUAUAUACCCCAGUGGAGAGGUAUUUCCCACGGCCAGGACCUGGACUACGUGUUUGGUCUACCCUUCGUGAACGAGACGUACAUAAACCUCCUGGGGCUGUACCCGCGACAGUUGUACGACUUCAACGACCGCAACAUGUCCGAGUACAUGAUCACCAUGAUCACCAACUUCACCAGCGGAGGGGAGCCGACACCACGUACAGAAGAGGUCUACUACUUCCGCAACGUGUCAUGGAGAGAGUACAACCCACAGAACCACAGCUACCUCAGCAUACGCAACCACUCGCGCAACAUGGAGAACUACCGCAUGAACGACGUCUACUUCUGGAACAAUUUCUAUCCCAAGUUGGCUGGAUACUCUCCUUACGUGUUCAAACCCAAGCCAGAAGACAGCGUGGACACAGCGGACACCUUCGAGCUGACCACCUGGGCGCUGGCGGCUGUGGCUGGAGUCCUGCUCAUCGUUGUCGUCUGUCUGAUCGUGGUGCUUGUGUGCCGGUCCAGGACCAAGAAAUAUCCUAAAUAUCAAGCAUCUCCUACCUUGAGUCGCAAGACGGAAGAAGACAGCAUGACCUUCUACAAAGAUCAAGACCGCAGCAUUCAUCACAUAGAGCCGCCGCCGACCUACUACAGCGGUCGCAGAACGGAAGACGACAGCUACGACGGACACCGGCGCACGGAGGCGGAGAGCGACAACUAUCGUGGCGCCAGGCAACCACGAGAAGACAGAUCUGCAUACAGCAAUCGGCGCGAUGAUGAAGAGGAGAGGCCAAACUACAACUACCGGCGCCAGGAGGAGGAGAGGCCGACAUACAACCACCGCAGGGAGGAAGAAGAGAGGCCGUACUCGGACCGGAGAGCUCACAACCUGCGCAGAAACGGGGGAGACAAUCCUCCGCGGUACAAUCUGCGACGACAAGAGCACAACGACUCGACUGCUGUUUGAUGACGCUCCCUGCAUAAUUAGGAUCUAAUUUUGCGAGUCGAAGACAGCGUUGAAUGUUUUUGUCGUUAUUGAUCCUGCAGUGUGCAAACUUUUGGCACCAUUACUCUGUGUCAUGAUGAUAAUGAUAAUAAUAUUAAUAAAAAGUGACAUUGAUAUAGCACAUUUCCACUUGGUAUAUGCUCAGUGCACUUUACGACAGUACAGAGGUCAUAGUUUCAAAAGCGAUCCUCUCAACAAAGUGACACUAAUAUUACAUUGUUUACUAUGUCAUGUAGUGCUAUUGACAAGAUUAUCGCAGCUGUUGAAUUAGUCCACGCUGAACAAAUUAAAAUAGAAUAAAAUAGCAUUUUCAUAGAUCCAUCCGAGAAAAAAUGGGUUUCAACUGAUAGUACAAUAUAGGCUUCCAGUACAAUAAAUGGAAGUCUCACCCUUAUGGACAAUCUUACAUGCCAUUGCUGUUGACCGCUGUACAGCACCCUCCUUUUUUUCUUUUUUUUUUUUACUUUGGGUUGUCGUAUCUUGCUCAAGGAUAUGCACCGGUAUCAACUGUUUUGAAUGCAAAGUCACCAACAUAAGUUGACUGUUCUAAAUAUGUCUCUUGUACAUGACUAUCUGUUAAGAAUGCUAUUGAUGGACAAAAUAAAACAA